AUGGCGGCCCCAAGGCUAGCCCUGUUUGCCGUUGUUAUGGCUAUCGUCGUCGUGGCUUUGGCCAAUGCGGCACCAGGAAAGAAGAAAUCAUCGCCGAAAUUGGAGAAUUUCGGAAUUUCACCCCAAGUUCAUUUGGCUAAGUUGCUGCCCAAAGUUGUAAAAACUAAGGCAUCUCCAUCGUCCUCACCAAUUGCAAGGAAAAAAGGCCAAAGUGACUCACAUAAGAGAGGAAAUAAAAAUUCAGUUGCACCAAAGGACAAGCAAGCAAAAUCGACAUCUUCUUGGUUGAAAAGGGCCUCGAAAGCCUCUCAAAACAGCAGUUGGGGACGAACAAAAUCACCGAAAAGCAAGCCUGCAAAGAAACAUGUUCCUCCAAAAUACAAGGCCAAGGUGAAUGCAAAGAAACUGAUCGCUAUAAGAAACAAAGUUGGUGUUGUACCAGAGAUGGAACUACCAAGUCAAGGAGUUCCCAAGGCCAAGAAGGAUGUAGCAACGUUGAAACCAGUGAUAAAGCCUCGUGAGAACGAAUUGCCAACAACCUUUUCGAAGAAGUACGCCAAGGCAUUCGUGAAAACUAAAAAACUUAAAGUUAAACGUCCAAAGAAAUUAGUCACCGAGGCAAAGACUAAACCCAUAAAAGUCUCGGCUGAGAGGAUUGCUAAAGACAAUGGGAUGCAAGUCGAAAAGAAGCUUCCCGAUAUCAUUCCGCCGAAAGCUCCAAAGAAAGCAGCAGGAGCUAACAAAGGUGGUAUCAUAAAAUGCCAGGGAAAGAAGUGUGAUUUGGAGUUGGAUGGAAUGAAAGUUAAACGAAAAUUCCCCGUGAACGCUAAACACCCUGUCGUUACGAAGAUUGACAGUCCAAGUAAGAAGGAAACCGUCAUCAAAGGAGGGAAAGCACCAAUAAACCUCAUGAAAAAGCUUAACAAGAUGUCAAAGAAACCGACAUCCCUGAAACUUAGACUAAAGGGGAAGACACCUAAGACGAAGAAGGGUGUGAAGAAGGCUGCAAAGAAAGCAAUAAAGAAGGCCACCAAGGCUAAGAAGGUCGCUAAGAAAGCUGAGAAGAAGGCGAAGAAACAGCUGAAGAAAGCAUUGAAGUCAGGCAAAUCGAAAGCGAUCAAGAAAGCUAAGGUAGCUAAGAAACAAGCAAAGAAGGCAGUCAAAAAAGCUUCAAAGGCAAAGGUUGCUGCUAAGACCGCCAAGAAAACUGGAAGUAAAGCGGCACUUAAGGCAUCCAAAAAGGCUACCAAGGCAAGCAAGAAGACAACUAAGAAGUCGAAGAAGGCUACAAAGAAGUCCAAAAAGAGCGCCAAAAAGGGUGGAAAGAAAACAUUGCCUAAGACCAAGAAGGGCGUGAAGAAGGCAGCGAAGAAAGCAAUAAAGAAGGCCACCAAGGCUAAGAAGGUCGCUAAGAAAGCUGAGAAGAAGGCGAAGAAACAGCUGAAGAAAGCAUUGAAGUCAGGCAAAUCGAAAGCGAUCAAGAAAGCUAAGGUAGCUAAGAAACAAGCAAAGAAGGCAGUCAAAAAAGCUUCAAAGGCAAAGACUGCUGCUAAGACCGCCAAGAAAACUGGAAGUAAAGCGGCACUUAAGGCAUCCAAAAAGGCUACCAAGGCAAGCAAGAAGAAAGCUAAGAAGUCGAAGAAGCAAACCAAGAAAGCAAAGAAGGCGGUUAAGAAAUCAGGCAAAUCUGCUAAGGCUUUUCGUCAUGUUCACUUCAAACAGACUCUUCGUGUUACCGUGUGUCCACAUGGGUUCCAAAAAGAGGGCAAAAGUUGCAUCACAGUUGUCAAAUGUAACACGGCCGCCGGCUACAGUCGAAGUGGAUCAGAAUGCAUCCAAGAUGCCCAAGCUACAUUUGUCGGGAGUAAGGGUAGAGUUAAGAAAGCCAAGAAGAAAGUGAAAAAGGCAAAAAAGAAGGCAAAGAAAGCUGCAACGAGAGUAAGAAAGGUUAAAAAGAAGGCAAAGAUAGCAAAGAAGAAGAUGAAGGCUAACAAGAAGAAGUUGAAGGUCUUGAAGAAAAAAGUCAAAGCAGCAAAGAAGACUGGUGACAAAAAGAAGGUCAAGGCCCUGAAGAAGAAGGUCAAGAAGACAAAGAAGAAAGUCACAAAGGCCAAGAAGAAGGAAAAGAAGGCAAAGAAACAGGUGAAGAAGGCUAAAAAGAAAGUAAAGAAGGCCAAAAAGAAAGCAAAAAAGGCUAAGAAAGUAGCAAAGAAGGCUGCGAAGGGUGGAAAAGGCAAAGCUGAAAAGGGAGGUAAGAAAGCAAUUAAGAAAGCCAAGAAAAAGGUCAAGAAAGCCAAGAAGAAAAUAAAGAAAGCCAAAAAGAAGGAAAAGAAGGAAAAGAAGAAAGUAGUGAAAGAAAAGAAGGCAGUGAAAAAGCUGGAGAAGAAAAUCGCUAAGGCUAAGAAAGCAGGGAACUCAAAAAAGGCAAAAAAGCUCAAGAAAAAGGUGUCGAAAAAGGUGAAGAAGAUCAAGAAGGUAAUUAAGAAGGCGAAAAAGGCAAAGAAAGAAGUUAAAAAGGCAAAGAAGAAGGAAAAGAAAGCCGAGAAGAAAGUAAAGAAGGCAAAGAAAGCUGGAAAGGAGGGAGGUGAAGGCAAAGGCAAAGGCGCGGCAAAACAAGCAGAGAAGGUCGUAAAGAAAGACAGAAAAGCCAAAAAGAAUGCUAAAAAGGCAAAUAAGAAAGCACAAAAGGCGAAGAAGGAGGCUAAAAAGUUAGCAAAGAAGGUCAAGAAGGUAGCAAAGAAGACAAAACAAGAACUUAAUAAAUCGUCAGCAUUUCAAAGAAGACUUGCCGCUUUUGAAAAGGCCCUCAGGCAAAUAGAGCAGAAAAUCGCAGCACUGAAGGCGGCCCAUAAAUCAAAGAAGGUGAAAGCGCUGUUACCCAAGCUGAAGAAGGUCAAGAAGAACGUGAAGAAACAAACGAAGAAAGUUAAAGUUAUCAAGAAGCAUGUCGAAAAAUUGAAAGCGAAGAAAAAGAAAAUUGAAAAGAAGGUCAAGAAGGCAGUGAAGAAGGUUAAAAAGGCCAUGAAUAAUGCCAGGACAGGUACAAAGACCUCCGGGAAGGUUGAAAAGCCAGCAGGAAAGAAGAAGGUCGUAAAGAAGGCUAAACAAGCGAAGAAGAAAGCAAAGAAAGCAAAGAAGGCCGUUAAAAAGGCAGUAAAGAAAGAAAAAAAGACGAAGAAGAAAAUGAAAAAAAUACUGACAAAGUUGAGCGAGGCAUCCGGAAAGAAGAAAGUUAAACUCGUGAAGAAGCUAAAGAAAACUGCAAAGAAAUUGCAGAAAGCAGAAAAGAAAGUGGAAAAGAAGGCAAAGAAGGCCGACAAGGCAAAGGCAAAAUCUAAGAAGGCAGCGAAGAAGGCGAAUAAGGCUUAAGGUGUAUGAAGAAUAACAACGCUGCCACCCGUUGACGCAAGUUACAAGCACAAUUUCCACCUUCUCUGUCCCUCCUAGCCAUGACGCACGCAUGGUGGAACUUCCGUUCGAAUACACCAACCUCUCCAUCCCGGGCCUGCGCUGAGCCAUUCAGUAUGGCGCCACUUCUUAAUAGCGGACCGAGGACGAAGCGGGAUCGUUGAGGAGAACAGGGUGAAGGCUUCCAAUUCUCGUUUUGUUGUUGUAGAUUGUAAUGAAACCAAUAAAAAAUG